CAGCCAAUGAGACUGCACGCUGGUUUAUGACGUAUGUUCCGGCGGACGCACAGGCCUUGCUCUCGUCCUUGAUCAGCGCGAAUCGCAGCAUUUGACGGACGUAAGACACACAUUUACGCGGAAAAAUGGUUGCUUACUGGAGACAAGCAGGACUGAGUUACAUCAGGUACUCGGCUAUCUGCGCCAGGGUCGUGCGGGCAGCGCUGAAGCCACAGCUGAAAACCGAGGCGAUUAAAAACGCAGAAUCCAGUGUGAAGGUCACUAAAAUGAAGACUGUGUAACGAUCUGUCAUUACAUCCUUCACUUCUCCACAUACAUUCUCCGUCGGAUUUACAAUAAGACCUGCAGUUAUGAUGAUUAAAUGAAAAUAGCUGUGUUCUUUUGAUAAUAAAUUAUGAAGAGCCUCAAACUAA